CUUCUGUUUGUGACAGUGAGUUAUCUUUAUCUUCUUCUUUAACUCUCAGACUUAGGAACAUAUUCAGGCUGUCAUCUCUCUGACUCACGUACUAAAUCAACAACAGCCCUCAGUCAUUCACUUCUAGCAGACUCAUUUCACAGCACGGCUAAGUCAUGGCGGACAAAAAGGACAGCAAGACCCCCAGUAAAGGUGGUUUUAUAAAAAAGAAAGAGAAGAAAGUGGAGAAAGUAGAGAGUAAACCUGAAAAGGAGAAAGAAAAAAGCAAAAACAAAGACGAAAAGGUGACAAAGAAGCCAGAGAAGACCCCAGAAAAUCAGCCAAAAAAUGAAGAGAUGCCUCAAGGGAAUGGGGAGAUACCAGAAGAAGCCAAAGGCCCUGUUAAAAAUGAGGAGUUUGAGCUGGAGCCGAUGGAGCUGCCACCAUUUGAGAUCAUUGUAGGAGACCGAAUGAACCCAACCUUCUUCAAGUUCCAAUUUAAAAAUGUGGAGUACUCGUCCGGGCGCAACAAGACCUUCCUGUGCUACCAGGUCGACAUACAAGGUGGCGCAGCAGAGACUGAUGGCGUUCGCGGUUACCUGGAGGAUGAGCAUUCAGGCUCACAUGCCGAAGAGGCCUUCUUUCAACAGGUGCUGGCCUAUUACGACAAGUCCCUCCACUAUACAGUGACCUGGUACACAUCCUCCAGCCCUUGUGUGGCCUGCGCUGCUAAGCUUGUGGAGAUCUUGAAAGCACGCAAGGCGCUGCGCCUUAACAUCCACUGCUCCCGUCUCUUUGAAUGGGAGGAACCGGAGAUACAGGCCGGACUUCAGGCGCUAGUUAGGGCAGGGUGUAAACUACGCAUGAUGAGGCCUGUGGAUUUCGUGUAUGUCUGGUCUACUUUCGUUGAGAAUGAAGAAGAUAAUUUUACACCCUGGGAAGACUGUCAAGAUAACUUUGAGUAUUAUGAUGAGAGAUUGCAGGAUAUUUUAAAGUAGGGUACACUCAAAAAUGGCUGUUUGUUCAAACUACUUAGUUAAAAUGAGCUAAAUCAACAAUUCUUGAUGUUCUUUUUUACUUAAUACUUUUAUGUUCAAUCUACUUAAAUUUGUAAAAACUAAUAAGUUAACAUAAUUCCUUCAUGUUGUCCCAACACAAAUGGAUUGUGUGGAACCCAGCAAUCUUAACAGUGUAAAUAGCUGGCCUCUGAUUAAGACUGCUUUAAUACAGCCUGGGCCCUGCCUUUAAGGAGAUUGGUACUUCAGAGCUAAUUAUUGCAAUGAUCCAGCAAUUUUAGCAGCAUUUGUCUUGUAUGACAUUAAAUUUUAUAAUAAUAAAUUCAAACCACACCCAUAUAGUAUUUACAUCUAAAGUAUAUGGAGUAUCCUAUUGAUAUUUUGCUGAUUAACAUAAAAACCUUAGCCAAACAUUUAUGUAAUUUGCAUUGCUCUAAGCAUCAUGUUUGAAUGUGUUUUUAGAAAUGAUUAAAAAAAAUAUAUCCUUG